AUACCGUGGAACAUCGAGGCAUUGACCCCUCCCCCAAGCCACAAACAAUCCAUCUCCUCUGUCCUCUCCAACACCUGGAGAAACCACUCCAAAUUGGGCACCUGAGCGCCCCAUGGCCUCAUCCCGGAUCCCCGAUGCACUGGCGGCGCCGGCGCUGACUCCGGCGCCUGCGGCCGUCCCGCUGGAGGUGCAGGCCCAAAACCCUAGCAUUGCCCCCGCCGACCCGCCGUCGCCCGAGAUGGAGACCACGGCGGAGGCGCUCACGCGGGAGGAGGUCCUCCGGCGGCGCCGGCGCCGCGCGGCCCGGCUAGCCGGUGUGUACCGCCAGCUAUACUGGGCCAUGGCCGAGGAGGUGCGCGCGCGGCACCGGCAGUACGUCUGGGACCUCGCCCGGAGCCCACUGGAGGCAGAGCAGCCGCCAGCCCCUCCAGGAGGGCCCAUCCCGGCGGCCGGGGAGCUUCCGAGGCUGGCGCCGGUGCCGAGGAGGAACAAGUGCGGGUUCCCAGGGUGCAAGGUGCGGGCCAUGGCCACGACCCGCUUCUGCCACUCCCACAUCCUCUCCGAUCCCAAACAGCGGCUGUACAAGCCCUGCGCGUACAUCAACAAGAGUGGGCUACAAGGUGGGCUUAUCCCCUGUAGUAGGCCGAUCAUAAAGUCUGCAGCUCCCUCCCUCUGUAAUAUUCACUUGCAAAAAUGCCAGAAAAACAUUGCACAAGCUUAUAAGAAGGUUGGCUUGAACCCACCCCUUACAGGCAAGGUCACCCUAAAGUUCAGUGUUUUGGUUGCUGAAUGUGUUCGUCAGAUCCAAGACAAAAGGAGAAAUCACUGAAAGCUACAGCACGAUAGAAAUGCCCUAAAGACGGAAAUGUUGUCUGAACCAUACUUCGAUGUACAUGUGUGUACAAGCUUCAUAAGAUUUUUAUUCUGAGGCAUCCAAAGCAGUGAUAACGUACUCUCUACUCUGCAAGAUUACAACAGUCAGUCCUGGUUGAAUGAUAUGAAUAA